UAUGUCGUCCGCCAGUGCGCUCUGAAAACUAUACACUGAUGCUUUCAUUUGGCUUUGGUUUGGAUGUCAAAUCCUAAAAUGUCGGAUUCAUCACAAAUACAAACUGUCCAGGAGCGCCUGGACCGCAUACAGGAGCUAUUGGAAUUCACAGAAAACUACAAAAAACAGCUCCACGACAUAUUUGAAACGCUGGGAUGGUCGCCGGACUACAAACUCAACCAGGAACCAAUGGAGCAGUGUCCCUAUGACCCAGACCACAGAGUCCCGGUUAGGACCAUGGAGAAACACAAAGCCAAAUGCAGGCUCAAAAAGAUGGGUUACUCACCUGAGGAGCAGGCGGAAAUGUACGACCCAUCAGUGUGUUACGAGAACACCAGUGUCAGAACUUUUACAAUGGACAGAUCCACCCAGCACCAGGCGAUCCUACAGGCAAGGUCUGCUGCACCGCUGAUGAAAAUGGAAGGAGUCUUCUGGCAAGGUCAGUACACCGGUGAGCCGGUCGAUGUGCCUCAGAACCACAAGCGAGCCGUGUGCGACCUCACUGUUGCCGACAGAUUGGCUCUGUACGAUCAUGUGAUCAGCCAGCAGAAGGAAGCAGCCUCCUCCAGCAAUGAUGAUCUCUACGUAGAUUUGGUGUCCAAACUUCAGAAGGAUGAAGGACAAAAUGAACCAAAGACUCACCUGGAGCUGAUGGCAGAGAUGAGGGACUACAAGAGGCGGCGUCAGUCUUACCGAGCCAAGAAUGUUCACAUCACCAAAAAAUCCUACACUGAGGUGAUUAGAGAGGUCAUUAACGUCCAUUCAGAGGAACUUGCCAGACAGUGGAGGGAGGAAGAGGAUGAGGAGGCGUCUGUGAAGUCUAAACACUCCUCAGACAGGCGCUGGUUGGAUGAAAGACGGUCAGCAUCCUCUGAGUCUCGCCACUCAACCAGUAAACGGCAUCGCAGUCGGGAACAAAGCCACGACAGAGAGGGGAGGAAGAAGAAAAGGAAAGAGAGUCUUCGCAGGGAAUCCCGUUCCCCAGAUAACCACCACCACGACCGAAAGAAGAGAAAGAAGAAGAAGAAGAAAGAGGAGAGGGAGAGGGAGAAGGAGAAGGAGAAGUGAAAGUGCUGGGCCAACAGAAAUGAGAUGAGGUCAACAUUCAUCACAGAUGUUGUUUUUACAAAGCAAGGAAUGUUAAUGCUAAUAAAGUUUUGGAAACCAUCAA